AUGAGCUCAGCUCCACCUAAUCGGCCUCCCAACCGUGCUCCUCCUGUCGGCCCCAAUGGCCUAGUUUUGAAGCCCCGUCGACCAAAGCCCGCAGACCCAUUAGUGCGCCCAAAGAAAAGGCCGAUUCCACGGCCCCAGCCCCGGAAACCAGAUGCUGCCCCGAUUAGAGGUGGAGAUAUACGUUCUGUGCCGCAGUUACCCCCAAAAUCUCAGACCCCUGUGGCUCCUAAGCCCCCACGAAUUCCUAGUGCCGACGACAUAGCCGUCAACGGAUUCAGUGGGCCUCUUAUUUCACAGCAGUAUGUCGAUUUCCCGGUAGUUACAACAAAGCGUGCUAUGAGAGAGGGACUGAGGAACCAUGUCGCAAAGUUUCUAUCGAAGAAAAACAUUGACCCUAGAGAUGAAGCACAUUUUACCCGACCUGUCAGACUGCAACGCCGGGAUCCAAGAGCUUCUGUCGAGCAAACCAGCGUUGAUAAGCAGGACAUAAAUCAGAAAGGCCUGCGGGAAGGAGGUAUGACUGAGGUUGAUCGUGAAGUCCUAGAGGCUAAAAAGGCCGCUCGGGCAAAAGAACGUGAGGAAAAUCUCGCUCAGAUUGCUCCAUCAGCGUCAAGCGGCGCAAAACGCACGAAUGCUCCAAAACAACGAAUUCAGCAGGUAUUCAAAUCAGAAAUGACCCCUGACGAGAUCGCAAAAGCCCGUGUGAAAUAUGAGGAAGCUUUACCAUGGCAUUUAGAAGAUUUUGAUAAUAAGAAUACAUGGGUUGGCAAAUACGAAGCUGCCAUGUCUGAAACCUACGUCAUGUUUGUGCUAGAAAAUAGUGGAAAAUUAAGAAUGGUUCCUAUUGAUAAAUGGUAUAAGUUUAGUGCAAAAAAUCCAUUUAAAGCUCUUACUAUUGAAGAGGCCGAGAAAUACAUGGCUAAGAAAAUUAAAGAUCCGAGAUGGUUCAUGGAAAAGGAGCAAGCCCGAAAGCAAGAAAAAGAGUUGGCCGAUUUCGCAAAGCAGCGAAGGGUCUAUACAGGGCGAGUGGUGGCGUCCGGUGUUGGUGAAGGCGGUGAAGGCGACGACAUGGAUUUUGAGGAAGAUAGAUUUGCAGACGAUGAAGAGCACAUGGUUGUAGAAGAGGACGAGGAAACAAAAAUUGCCGAGAAGCGUAUCAAAAAAGAACAAUUAAAAGCCAAUGUGUUCGAUCUAAGGGAUGAGAAGGACUACGAAGCAGAAGAAAAACAAGAGCAACGAGAAAAAGAGGCGCUCAAGGAGUUUGGCAAAAAGGUCCGGAAAGCUCUACAGCGACGAGAAAAGAACUUUGAUUACAGCAGCGGAUCCGACGGUAAUCCCUGGUCCGAGGAGGAGAGUACCGACGAUUCUGAAGCCGAACGUCUGAAGGCCGAAGAAGAAAAGAAAAAGGAGAAAGGAGACAAGUCUUCUACGCCUAUAGCGAAAGGUUCAAGUACUCCAUCCGAUCGACAAAAGUUUACAGAUCCGUUGAAAAAGGGACCGGCGCAGCAAUUUAGAAAGCGAGCCGGUUCCCCAAAUGCUUCUGAUGCUAGCGGAACCGACACGCCCCGCAAAAAAGCGAAGAAUAAACAUAUCGCCCAAUCCCUAUCUGCCCAACAAUCAAAGCCCAACUCCAGACCAAUGUCCCCGGCACCUUCAACAACUUCUUCUACCGCCGCACCCUCUGCUCCACGGAAAGCUGAUGGUUCGAAGGCCGCUGGAAAGAAACGCGCCCGCACUGGGGCCGGGGGAGCGGGCUCUGGUAGCGACGUAGAGAAGGCUGUAGUGUCUGGCGCGGAAAUGAGCGACAGUGUAACUGCGAAGAAAUUGAAAAUAAAUCCUCCUACUUCGAAAAGAGGUACUCCGGUAGGUUCUCGCGCUGGUAGUCCAGUUCCCGCAAACGGUAAAGCUGGGUUGACUGGCAAUCGCCCCAGCCCUCCCGUGCGCUCGUCGACGCCUGCCGCGGCAGCAGUCGGUCCCUUUCCUACCCAUGCUGAAGUUCAUGCUGCUAUUCCACAAAGUGGAAUACUAUCCGGAGACUUGCUAAAACUAUUUCGGCCCCGCCUUGGUGACAUGAAGACCAAUUAUCCAAAGUUCAUCGCGAUCGUUAAGGAGGUUGGAGUGUUUGCCAAAGAGGACAAGUUACUAAGACCAGCGCCUAAUUUUAAACCGGGCUCUUGA